AUGGAGCGAUAUCGGCCGUCAUUAACUGUCAUCGAUGUAAAACCGAGAACCGCGAAAAUUCGAUAUUUUCGAAAUUGAUAACUGUAAGCCGAUAUUGAUCAAAAUCAACCGGCUAAAAUCGGGUUGAAAACGUUUAUCUUCAUACACGCUAUUUACCGUCACUAUUUUUUCAAAAAUGUACUUUGAUUCUCAACGGUUUUUUUAAAAAAAAUGAAAACCGAUGAAAAAUUACGACACCGCGACUCGGAAUUUUUUACCGAGUUUGUAUUCAUGUUCUCAAUCAAAUGUUAAAAAAGCGAAUACUAGCGCACGAUCUAGCGAAAACGAAACCGUGUAGCGGCGUUUUCCUGGGAUAACUUUCGCGGCCACAAGAGUGCGCCAAGAGACGGAUGUUGAAUGCGUUCAUCGGAAAAACUUUUGAAACCGAAAUACACUAUUCGAAGACCAACGAAAUAACUCUCAAAAUGAUAUCAAAAGCAUUCCGUUCGAAUACGAGUGAAAUUUAGAAUAUUUUAUUAUACAACCAGAUAUUUAUAAUUAUGGUUUUGAUUUGUUUUAUUAGUUCGCCGGCAAAACUGCUCGUUCACAUCAAAAUGUUUUCCAUACGUUUUGUUUAUACAAUAUUAUGUUUCGAAUUUUCGCGGCGUAUUUUAGAUUUGUUUAAAUUCAGUACUGAUGUGAUAUUUUUCAACAGACUACCGACAACGACGGAAUUUUCAAUUUUAAAAAUUCGUCCAAAUCUUUAAUUAUUAUGUAAAAUACAUUAUUCUUUUUCUCUGUUCGCAGGAGUGCGUCACCACUGGAUUUCGCUUCAGCGUUACGCACGACGAUCCACCGUUUGGCCAGAGCGAGCCACACGAUGUGUGCGGCGGAAACCCGCCGGGCGACAACUCGCUCGCCCAACAGUUGCAACAGCUCCAACAGGACGACGUCAUCGCACCCGAAAAGUCGGUCACGUGCGACUACCUGUCGCCGUAUGCCUUCACCGCCAGAAACUCUCUGGGAUCCACCUCGGGUUCGUACCUAUACCUACGAUUUGAAAUGAACCAGCAACACUACCAUAUUGAAAAGAAAAAAUAUCCCUUUCUUCUCCCGAGAAAACUACUUGUGUCACUGCACCCGCCGCUAAAUAUUCACACACACUUGUUGUUAAACCACGUUUAUUGAGAAAAUAUACUCGUGUUACUACUAAAAAAAAAAAUUUUCGAAAUGAAAUGCUAAGAAGUAUUCGACUUUGAAAGUAAAAAAAGAAAAUGGUAUAUAUAGUAUUGCAUUGAUGAUAUUAGCUAUACCUAUUUAAUAUAAACAACUUUAAGUUUCAAAUUUUCUAUCCGUUUUACAUGUUUACAAAAUAACAGUAGAAGACAAUCGAAUUAAAUAUCUGCCGUGAUUUUCAAACUUCCAACACUAAUUUUAGUUGUUCAAUUUAAAAAUGGCGACUUUUUAAAACAUGCAUAACCGAACUCCACUUAGAAUCGUUUUUCGUUAUCAAUCUUCAACCGUAUACACAUAUACAUUUAAUGUCCCUCUAUAUCCUAUUUUUACAACUUUUCACCUACUGCAUUGGCCCAUCCAUCGAGCUUUUUUCAAAUAAUUUUUACUGAUUUUCAGUAAUAUUACGUAUUCUUGGAGCAUUUUCUUUUUAAAUUCAUGUUUUUUUUUCCCCUAAUAGUUUUAAGUAAUAAUAUCUUUAAUAUCGAUUUGGAAACUGCUAAACAAAUGUUUUAUACUAUGACUAAAUUAUGAAAAUUAAAGCCUUUUAACUCUAUAUAAUUUCUUUACAUAAAAAAUAAUAAUUCGUAUUGUUUAGGUUUUCAGAAAUUUUGAAACGUUUAAAGUUUUAACACAAGAAUACAUUAGAAAUAAUAUAAAAAUUGUCGUUGUAAUUUUUUAUCGUGCUUUGAAAACUGCGUACAGUGUACACAACAGUGUUUCAUUAUUUAACGCGAUACCAAAUGUGUGAUACUUGAAUUAAAAAUUAAAAUAAAAAUCGUGUGUGCGGACUGCACAUCCGGAAUAUGCAAUAUAUUUUUUUUUUCGAAUUCCGUCAAAAUUUGAUCUUGAAACGUUUAUAAGAAAUACUGCUACAUUACGCCCGACUUAUUUUCUUUGAUGACAGAGCACAACUUAUAAUGAGCCUCGUGUUAAAUAUUCGGUCUAGUUAGUUUGUAAGAAGGUGGUUGUUUGAUUUACUGGGCAUUUUUUUUUUUUUGUUAAUCGAGAAAAAACGUAAGGUAAACGGGAAAGUUGAAUUUUGUUUUAUUUUUGUAAUUUGACUAAAAAAUAACAACUGAAAUGUUUGCAGGUCACUUACAUUACUUUUUUCGUCGAUGUGGUAAACGUUUUGAGCUAUUUAUAGGCACUUUUUGGUUUAUGUUGAUAAAAAAUCUUUCGGGGUUAAUCAAAUGUAUGUUCAAAAAUGUUCUACAACAUUCAUUGUCUUAUUGAAUACGAAUAUUUUCUCCAUUUGUAUAAUUUGUUCAAAUACAAUACUAGUAUACAAUUAUGUAAUAUAUAUGUAUUUAAGUAUUCUUUUUGUUUCCUAUAACCGAUAACAUAGAACUACGUACAUACAAAUUUAAAGUGCCAGAAAAAUAUUCAGUUUUAUACAAUAUUAUGUAGAAUCUAUGCCUAAGUUAUUGCAUACUUAAUAUUUAAUAUCGAUUUAAACAAUAUAAUCACCAUGGGCGCAACUUCAGUUUUUGUCUUGAAGGGGCUUUAAUAAUUUCAUUCAAACCAUUAUGUGGGGAGCUUUACCCUUCAGACCUCCCAUCAUAUCUAUACCUAUGUUACUUUACGUACUUUUAAUAUAGUCAUUUAUAUUUAUCAUUUUUUCAACCACUUCUUACACUUCAUAGUUGAACUUAAAAUACCGUUUACUUAAAAUACCAAUAACUUGAUACUUUUAAGUUGAACCGAAUAACGAAGUACAAUACUGAAAUAUUACAGUUAACAAAAAUGUCACUGUUCUUCGUGAGCUGUGGCGCUAUUGGGCAUGAAAUAGUAAGCCAGUAAAUCGAAAAAUAAUCAGUAAAUUACCGAUUUACACGGAGCGCGCGCGUCACCCAACCUCGCUGGCCUUAAAUGAUCCGUCGACUAGUUUAAGCCAUAAGGCCUGUGUGUAAUAGGCUAUUCAAAAGUUAGCCGAUAACGAUACUUAAAUAUAAGUAUUAAAUAUAAUCUUUUAAAUAAAAGAGGGAAUUUUAAUUCGUCGGGUACUGAUAAAAUCUAAUAGAAACCCUAAUCUUUCUAAAAAUACACCACUACAAAGAAAAAUUGAAUUGUUAUCAGUAAUAUUUGCACAGGUCUCGGAAAAAUUCUUAAGAUUAUACCUAUGUGGCAUAUGUGGUUUGGUUACGCGAUAUAGACAUAGAGUUCAAUGAUUUAAUGCUGUUCCUCAGUAUUGUAUACAAUUUUUUCAUCGAUUUUAUUAGAUUUUAACUAGAAAUAUUUAGAAAUUAUAAAAUACUUUCAAAAAACAACAAUACAAAUUAAUAAAUUUUACAAUAGAUUAAGUACAUAAGUUUUGGGAGGGUUUAACACUCAGACCAUAGUACAAAUUUUCGGAGCGGCUAAUCUCAAUAUUGGAGGGGCUAAGCUUCUGCAAGUCCCGCCCCCUUCAACUCGCGCCUAUGAGAAUCGCGUUAUAUUAUUAUAAAGUAAAUCGUAUAAUGAAUUUCCGGGAGAGAAAAUAUUAAACGCAUAUUUUAAACGAAUGAUUUUUAUUAUGAAUUAUAUUAAUAAUAUUAUAUUUAUUUUAUUUAAAAAUUGCGGUUCUCGUAUUUUAUUCCUCGUAAUUUCUUCGGUUUAUCAAUUUAAUGAAAAUAUUACGUAUUUACACGGACCCGGUCGAAUCAAAGAGCCAGUGGUAAGCGACAGCGAAAUUUUUGUAGUGUCAAAUUCCGCUUUAAACUUUACUGGACUAGCGACUAACUAGAGCAAAAUGUUAUAACGAAAAUCGGACGGAAAAAAAACAUAUUUUGUGGCCUAUGGUUCGGGAAGUGUCGUGAUAUACAAGACACGGUGUUCUUGUAUACCGCGGAUACUAAUUGUUCACGGUGAGCUUUAUCAUUGGCGGUCGUGCUGUAUUCUUAACGCAAAUGUAUUGGUUUUACUACAACAUUGUGUUCUUAUUAUUAUUAUUUUUCUUUUGUGACAAACUUGUCAACCCGAAAUUUCGUGCCACUCAAAGAACGACGAGAGAAAUUUUGUUGUAAUAAUGUGGAUUUAGUUGAUAUGCAUUGUGGAGGUCAUUUUUUGAUUAUCCCUGUGUUUACCGUAAUGCACGGUGAAAAUAGACAAAUUUAUAGCGAAAAAGUUUUAAAAUUACUUUCGGUUUUGUUUGGUCCAACAAAAAUCUUACUCCGACAGAAAUCUGUUGAUUAUUUUUUUAUUCUUAUAUCUUCGGUAAAAUGCACACAGGGGACAAAUUUUUUCUAUUUUAUCCAUGCAUCCUCAGUGAAAAUAUAUCUUUUGGUAUUUUUACGUCCACGAAAAAAAAUUAGUAAAGUAGUAAUUCGGAAAAUUUAAGUUACCACACAUCAAUUAUUUAUUCGCGAGUAAUAUGCGUGAACAUAACAAUAAUUAUUGCUCAAUUUCACGAUUGAAAAUAACACGUUCAUGUAUGUGACUUACGCGAUAUUUUCUGCACGUUUUUCGGUAUCACGAAAACUAAUAGACGAUACGGAAUUUUGACUGUGACAUAUUUUGUUGUAUAUCAUCGUAGUAAGCAGUAGAAGCAUCCUGUAUUUGACGAUUUUAUUUUUUAUGUUCAUUUCAGAUAGCAUGACCGUUGCGGAUUACGCCUCGGACGACUUUGGGAUAAGACCGUAUCGUACCUACUAUACCGUAUUAUUAUACCCAUACUGGCUAUAUCUAUUAAAAGGUGGCUCCUUGACUUUCUAUCCGCGUUUCCUUUUCCGCAUCGGCGAACCCGUCCGUACGUUACGAAUCGCGUUUUGUCCCUUUUCGAAGAAAUAUACGCAUUCGUCUCUAACUCUGCAAACAGUAUCAAUGUACAUAAUAAUAAUAUACAGAAUAUAAGACUGAGCGUGAAUGCGAGAUUUUCACAACAUUCAAUACGAAACUUCGUUUAAGUAUACGGAACCGAAAUCUAACGUGCAUUUGUACCUACCCACUUUAUAAAUUAUUAAAACUUUAUCAAUUUACAGUUCGGAUAUUGCAGAGAAAUUAUUUGAAAUCAAACAUAAUAUUGUAAGUCGUAAUAAAUAAAAAAUAAAAACGCUAACUUAUUUUUCGUUUAGAAUCGUAGCUUCGCGAGGAAUAUAUUGGUAUUUCUAUGUUUAUGUGUGCUUUUUUUCUUUUCUUUUCUUUUGGUUUUUGUGUGAUAACAACUUUAAUAUUUGACUAGAAAUUUGCAAAAAAUACCAGAAUUUAUGAAUUUUUAUCAGUGCAAUGUGGAAACUAUUAUUUUAUUUUUUUUUUUUUUUUGAUUUUCCUUGUAGUAUCUAUAAUAACCGUAAAAUACCAUAAAUAGACGUAAAAUAAAAACAGAAAAAUUAAAGGCAUUACUGAUAUCAAUAUUUACAAUUUUGUUGUUAUUUAUAUGAAUACAUAUAUGUGUUGGCUGUAGUGGUUUUUUUUUUUAAUAGUUUUUAAAAUAAUGUUUUUUACAAAAAUAACAAAACAUGUUUAACCCGAUUGGUUUUCGUUAUUAAUAUUUUUUAUCGAUAAAUUAUUUUUCUGUUUAUGGAAAUGUUCUGAUUUGUUGUAUUUAAUAUGAUUUUUAGUUACUAACAUUACGUUUUUAAUUAAAUAUCCGAGUAAUUAAAAAUGUCUAAUUAUUAACACUGAGUUAAAGAUAAUAUAAGUGCUACGUUUUUAAAUAUUAUUCGAAAACGACAUGUAUUUUAAUUGUAAAGCCUUAUAAUAUUAUUUACUUGUAAGUAAAUUAAUUUUUAAUUUCAAUUGUCUGAGUAAAAAUAACUUUGUGUAAUAUUACCGUUUUUAAGGCCAAAUCGAUUUUUCUGAAAACUAUACAUAUUGACGGUUUUCGGCGGUUAUGUUGUACAUUAUUUUCUAUAUGUACCUAUUCUAUAGCAUCAGUUUUGGGUCAGAUAUCUGGGUGACCAUAGCUUUAUCGUCAGUUAAAUCGAUUUUAAGCAUUAUUUGGCAUUUCUAUGUUCUUAUAUGUACAUUGUUUAUCCAAAUACCUACAUAAUAUUAUCGUGUUGGCAUGUAUUUUUUUUUUGUUUAUCGCGUGUGACUUGUUACUUUCUUUUUUUUAUACACUAUAUACAUGUAGGUAUUACCAUAAUAUUAUAUCCUCCGGAAUGGUCUCCGUGACAAAGCCGAAAAACCAACGACUGACACUGCAGAAAUAUUGAGAUACUGUAUCCUUGUGUGUGUGUGUAUGUGUGUGUUUUAUAUGUAGAUAAUUAAAUUUUCGUGCAUUAUAUAAUUAUGUAAUAUUAUACUAAAAAAGUUUCAAUAUAAAAAUUAUACAAUUUUUUUCAUGUAUGAAAAUUCAUUGUUAAGUACUUUACAUUUAUAUGGAUAUUAUUUAUAUCCAUGCCAGUAAAUAAUAUUCCUAUUGUUUAAAUAACGAGAUAGGUUAAAGUUUUUAGUUCGUAAACAAAAUGAAGGCUAGUAAUAAUAUGAUAAUUCUGAAUACAAUACGGUUAAUCAUUUUCAUUGCCUUUCUAGUUUAGCAAAAAUAACUGAAUAUAAUUCUGUUUUUUAGCAAAAGCGUACAAUCCGAUUACCUUAAUCAGCAGACGCUACCGAUUUAAUGUAAUUCCUAUAGGCCAAUAAUCGAAAACUAAAUAUUUUGCUAAGCUGUUCUAUCGCCCAAACAAUUUUAUGUUUCAAUGCUGAGGUUCAGCGAUUUUGUGGAGUAUUAUUUUGAACUAGUUGGUUAUCGAACGAAGUUUUUUUUUUUUUUAUUAAUAAUCUUAGUAAUAGCAAAGGUCCAUUGUGUUAUACUAUCAUUUAUCGGUGCAUAUUUUCUCAAAACAAAUUUCAGAAAUAUUCAGAUUUGUGUGUAUAUGCAAUUCAAAGAAAAAUCGAAUACACGUAGAGACCUGAACCUAUUAACACUAAACUUUGGAUGGCUCACACAUUAUUUAGAAUCUGACUACAUUGUAAAGAAUGCAUUGGCUUUACAAAGCGUGCAAUAUUUCAUUCCCGAAUAAACAUAAUUUUUCCAUCAGGAAUCUUUCUUUUGAAAAAAAAAAAACUACAGAGCUUUUUUAUAUUUAUAUACAUAGAAUUUUGAAUCUAAAUGGUGCAUUAUGAAGAUAGUUUAUUGAUUUUUCUUUUGGUUUUUAAAAUAAUUGAAAAAAACUAGAAAAAAUGUAUAGGAAACGGAAAAAUUUACGGCAAUAGAAGUUUUGUCAAGAAAUCGUUUUUUGAUUUUCUGUACAGUUUUCUUAAUAAUUAGGAAAUCUAAAAAAACAUAUAAAAAAGUGAAAAGUUUAUAGUUACAACGAUUUUAUUAUUUUAAAUUAUUUUUUAUUUUUUUUUUUUUGUGAUUAUGUUAAAAAUAAUAAUUGUAGAGAUCUGAAAUUUUUAUAUGGACUUCCUAUUUUAGCGUUUUCUAAACAUGGUGAAGUUUUCAAAACACUAAGUCUUUGAUAUUUUGAAGAUUUAUUUCAUGUGAAUAAAAUUGUUUAGCCAAACCGGAAUGAUUAAAAAAUAAACACAAAAUUCAUCAAAAGUAGUACUUAGUAGUAAAAAAAAAUAUUAGAGCGUAAUGUAGUAGUUUUUUAUAAGAGUUUUAAGAUCAAAUUUGAAUACAAAUCUUUAAAAUUACGACAUUUCAAAAUAUGAAAUAUUCGCUCAGAACCAUAAUUCGUCAGCAAUUAUUUGAAGUUGUGCGCAGAUAUAAAUAUAAUAACUUUAUGUAUUCUUCCUCCUAACUUCUUAUUUACAACAGUUAGAUCUGUGUCCCAUCAGCUGUAUCGACUAUUUUUAUAUUUAUUUUAAUAAUGAUUUUUGGUUUACUUUGGUGUAAAAUAUCAGUUAUUUUAUGAGUUAAUUUAGUUGUUACAGACAAGGACUUACUGUUUUUAAAAAAUUAACACUACUAGGCAACAAUGGUUAAAGGGCUGGUUAUAGAUUUGGGGAUGGAAACGGGAACAUUAAAUUAAAACGUUAAAUUGGAUGUAUUUGAUUGAUUUCGGUUUUUGAAAAGAUAUUUUAAAAUGUCUGCUUUCAAAUGAUUAAAAAAAAAAAAUUAGCGAUUUAAUUGACUAGGAAAACGUAAACAGUAAUAAUGACCAAAUGAAAAAAAACUAUGUUUAUGAAAAAAUAUCCAUGUAAAAAUGACUAUGUAAUACCAAAUUUCCAUCGGAAAAUACAACCAAAUACAAAAAUGACUCAAUGACAAAAUGUUAUUAAACUAGUCAAUUUUUUCAAUAGCCAUAUUUUUCUGAAUAAUUAAAGUGUUUGGUAUUUAUUAUAUCUUAUAGUUUUAUUAGUUAUGGGUGGCAAUUUUUUUUUUUUUUUUAGCAAUGGCCGCGACGGGCGUAAAAUGUACUAUAUAUUAUUAUGACCAUAUAGUUUAAUGUCAGUCUGUUUACAUUAUGACAUUAUAUAUUUUACACCUUCGCGAAAAUACGAAAGGGAUAUUUUUUUUUUUUACUACGGAUUUAUAUUUAAGUACCUACAUAAUAUUGUUUAUCGGAAGGUUAUGGUAUGCCUAGUGUGGCAUGAAUGUAAAAGUUAUUUAUUUUUUUAUAUUCAGCGUUCGAUAUUAAAAACCAUUAUAUUGUAUUUUAUAGAGAGCAGAUGUGUAAUAAUAUUAUAUUAUCUACUUGUAUUAUAUGAAAUCUGAAGGCUACCUAUAUAAUAUUACAUGAAAAAAACAUUUACAUUUUUUUUUUUUUUUUUUUUUAUAUAUAUAUAUAAUAUAAUACAAAUUGUUAAGUAUUUAAUUUACGUCGAGUUUAAUAAAAAUAAAUUCGUUUUUAUAAUACAUUAUACGCAAUAUUGUAUACCUAACCAUAAUAUAAUAUGAUAUGGAAUUUCACAUUUUCCGUUAAAAAAAACAUUUUCAACAAAUUAUCUAAUAAUUCGUAUUAAAAACCUAAAAGAAAUGUUGAGAAGGUUGGAUACAUAAAAUUAUUUAAUAUACAUAUGUUACCUAACUUAACCAUUGAGAAUAAAAAACAAGGUUUGUUUGUGCACGAUUCGACGAUUCGAGAAGGCCGUCAUGUUUACCAUUUUCAUCAACAUUUAAUCUUAAAACCAUAAUAAAAAAAAAAUAUAUAUAUUAUAUUACACUGAUAAUUUGUUUUACCUUUUUUAUUUUACCACUACAAUUAUUAUGAUGAACCAUAGAGUCAAGGAAAAUAUAAGAUUUCUGUAAAAAUUUUAAUUCUCUAUGAAUAUUUUUAACAGAAUUAUAAGAAAGCAACAAAAUUGAAAAUAAUGUAAUUAUUUUUUCGUAAAAUUUUUUCUCUCGUCAUUUUUCGAUUGGAGGAAGUUAUUCGGUGGAAACGUUGUUUACAGAUGAAAAAAAAAACAUACACAUCAUAGGAAUACAAAUAGUUCCUUCGCUUUACUCCGAAUCUAAAACGUAAACUAAUCCAGUUUAUCAAAAAAUGGCAUUGCUUAUAUUUUUUAUAAACAAAAAUAUAUUACUAAUAGUAAAACAUUUAAUACGUUUUCGAAAAGCAAUUCCAUACGCACGUACCUAUACAUGGUGAAAAUGUUGAAAUAGCUUCUUUUAUUUAUUCUUUUAGCUUUUCGUGGCGGACAUAAAAUUAAAUUUUUGAAAAACGACUCCUACUUAAGAACCUACCUUUUAUACCUAUAUUAUUUUUUUCCAUUUACUUAUUCAUGCAUAUACCCACAUAUAUAUAUAUACUACUACGUAACACAUUUAAUGAUUAUUUACUACCGAAAAAGUAUUUUCUAUGAACAAUUUUUUUUUUUUAAAAAUAAUGUAAAUAAAAAUUUAGGAUAGGUAUAAUAUAAAGUGAUUAAGUUCGUAUAAUGUACACGACGAUAUAUCAUUGUUAUUCAGUAAUGAUUCUGAGCGAAGCCAAUUAAAAAUAUUUUGAUAGUAAAUAACGAAGAUCAUUCGUAACUUUCUUAUCAAAAGACAUAUCUGUUUUUUGAAGACAAUUGUAAUCAAAUAUAAAAAAAAAAACUAACACAAUUCGUUAUCUAUUUUAAAGAAAAUAAAUAUGGGUGGUAUAAAACGGUAAAAUCACAAUUCGUGAUUUUAAAAUAAUUACAAAUGUAUGGUUAAUAUGUUUUAUGAAUAUGGCCUAUGUCCUAUCGAAGUAAUAAAAAAAUGUUCCUAAAUUUGUAUUAUUACUCUGUUAUUUGCAAUAGACUGUAGGGAUAAUUAUAAUGGGUUAGAUAGAUAGAUAGUUUUAUUUGAUAUCAAAAAUAUUAAGUGAUAAUCUCUUACCACAAAUCCAAUAAUUAUGGGAUUUUGACAAUAUGCAUAUAUAGCUGUAGACGUGAAAAACAGCACCGUCUGCCAAAACUUGGAUUUAUUAGACAAGUUUAAAGUACUACACGACGUGCUAGUCGAAUUUUAUUUUUUAUAUCAUUGAUUAAUUUUUUUAAAUUAUAUUUGUGACUGCACAUCGAACUAUAUACUUACUCAGUAAUAAAGUAAGAUUGGUAUGGGUAAAAUGAGACGAGGUAAAAAAGGUGAUCCCUCAUUUUUUUUUUUAAAUCUUUAAUGUUCAUUAAAAGUUUAUCUAAAAAUUUUAUUUAAUGGGUAAUAACUUACUAAUAUCAGUUAGAUGCUAUCUAUGGUUACGGAUCUUUUUUGAUAUCUGAGCACAUGAAGGUUGUAUAUAACAAGAGUUAUACACAACCUUCCGUAAUCAUAUUUGACUAAAAUUUGCAGUAUUUUCACAUAGCAUAUCGUCACUAAAAUAGGAUUUUAUAGGAAUUUUAUAAUAUUGUAAAUGAUAAUUAUUUGUAAAAAAAAAAAAAAUUGAAUGUAGCAGCUCUUUUUUUGUAAUUUAAAACGUAAUAUUAUAAACGACAUAUUUGUGUGAAUAUCCAAUGUUACAGCGUAAUUUAAAAUAAUGUUUUCUGUCGUUUCAACAAGCAGAGUAUUUUAUUGAUUUUUCCAUUUUUUCCCUAGUACUUAUCUAUAUUUAAUCUAACGCGAUUGUAAUACGAACGUUAACUUAUAGUGUUUUCCGACUACCCAUUUUUUGAAACAAAACACCUCUGUAUAAUUUUUUUUCGUUCAGUCAUAGUAUACCAAACGUUUAUCGGGAUAUUUUAUAACAUUGAUUUGAUUGAUCUUUAAUAACCCGAGUUUCGGUAAUAUGAAAACAUGAAAUUAUUUAAUUUACACAAGAAAAAUCCAAACUAUAUGGGUAGACCAUAAUUAUUAUUAAAGUAUAUUAUUUAGUUUAUUUAAAAUAAAUGAUUCUGAGUGAACUCAGCGGUUCUUGCUGGGUGAAAACCAUAUAAAUAAUGUAUCUUUAGUUCGUGUAACCGAGAGAAUUGAAAAAUGUAAAAAGAAAUAAAGAGAGAGAUACGGUGUAUAGGUUAUUAAAUUUAAAAACCCGGUUUUGACAUGUUAUUUUAAGGUUCGUUUGUUGUCAGUAACAAAAAGUACUAAGGAUAAAAUAAGCCGAUUCCCAAACGCACUAAUUAAUAAAAACAUAAAAAAAAAAAAAAUAUUAAAAAGGCGGAAACCUCGUCUUGAGUGGCGUUGGUAGACCGGAACAUACGGUUAAUAAAAUGCAAAUAGAAACGAUGCAAAAAGACAGGUAUCCAAAAUGUAGAAAUGUAAGUAACGAGGAGAUAAAUUAAUGUAUGUAUGGGAUAGGAACCUAUUAUACACAGUUUGUAAACUCGCGGGAUAUUAUUUAAACACAAUGGCGAAACUGUUUUCGAAUUAUUUACACAAAAUAUCCCGGUACACAUUUAUCGUAGACCCGAAUACGGGACCCGGGAACAGUUAAGACCGAGUUUGGUUAACUAUAUAAUAUUCUCGAUCGAAAUAUGCGAACACAUUAUUUAACUCCAGUAUUGCGUUUAUAGAAUUCAUUUCGAAAGAUUUCAAUAAAUGCGGCGAAUUAAGGUACAGCUAUCGUUCGCGCGUGAAUUUAAUUACGAUAUCACGUAGAAUACUGGAACAGCUGGUCGCGGCACGGCGUUGUCAAUGCGUAUUGAAAAGAACCGGACGCCGGGAACGGGUAUCGGCGGGCGUGCCGACGGUGUAAAUGGGUAGCUGGGAAGGCAGGAUACACAAGGUUGUGUUAAACACUGAAUGUCCGAACUGCGUUCGAAUCCCCCGGACAUCGUUCACCGGAUUUGUAUUAUUUUAAAUCCGCGGACUCCGGCGGUGGAAAUAUCGCCGGACGACCGCUGACGUGGGGUACCCGGACGCGAGUCUUUGUCGGUGUUACGUUUGUCUUCCGCGUCGAUAAUCCGUCGACGACGACCCGGGACUCGGACGCGUUGUCGCAGCGGCACAUCAGCUCCGGGGAACGAAAAACGAACACGACGACGUUUACGCGCGUCUACUACGAGUUUUCGUCGUUACGGACGCCGUCCGCGCGCGUUUAUCGCGAAACGCGUUCCCGUAACCGUACAAUACGGCGUUGUACUUGGUAUACGCGCGUACGCGAUACGCGCCAACGGACGGGAUCCCGCCGUAAAACGAACGUACUCGCGUACAGAGCGCGUAAUACGCGCGACGGCGUUUUUCGCUCGCCCGGCGUCUCCGUCAAGCCGAAACGGACGGGAACCACCGACGAUAUCGCGCCGUCUAUGUAUGCGUGCGCGCGCGUGUGUACGGUACGCGGAUAAAAAUAAUAAACAAAUAACCGGGCGCGUAUAGAAAGAAAAAAAAAACAAAACAAUCUUAUCGCGUCUCGCGCGUACGGCGGUAUUGCGUUUUAGCCGUGUCGUGAUUCUCCGUCGCGGUUUUAGUUUGUUCGCGAAGAAAACCCCCUGAGCGUUCCCCGGGGAGACGGCGAAAACACACACAUGCAUAUAUACACGCACGCGUACGAUAUCGUGUGGACGGAAAUUUUCCGCCGCGCGAUAAACGACGGAAAACCCAUCGACACGACACGACUGUGUAUCGGAUAUAUUAUUAUUGUUAUUGUUAUUGUUAUUGUUAUUAUACAGUGUUGCGCCGGAGAAACGUAGACGGUUUGUAGACGCGGCGCGCGGUACGCGAAGGGGACUCAUCGAUUUUUUUCGUCCGUCGCCCGCAACGAUCUCUCGUCUAAUAACAAUUUUAUUGCGGGUUUUUUUUUUUACUCUCGGUUUUUUUUCUUUUUUUUCCUCUACAGAUUACACGAGAAGACGUCGGCCCAUCACUUUGAAAAUCGUCCCGAGGCUGAGCCUUCCGUGCCGGAGCACGUCGGCCCCGACCACCACGGACGCGGACUGGCCGUUCACGAGGUACGUAUGCCCAUGAUACAAUACCGAUUGCACGCGAUAUCGUAUUUAGCGCGGUCGGUUUUCCGAUUCCGCCCGACGUUAAUCGAGCAUCGACAACACAAUGCGUGUAAACGUUACGUUGUAAUAUUGUCGAACGUUCGUUUAAAAUUACACAAUGCGAUAGACGUUGCAUCGAUAAUUACGAAGGCUGUUGAAUAACUGAAACUGGCAAUGUCCACGAAUUUCGGUAGUGUUCAAUCGAGUUUUUAGUUAAUUAACGAUAUUAAUUAAUUAACGCUGCGCAUGAAACGUGUAUGAUUUUGUUACUCGGAACAGACGUAAUUAAUUGCUAUUUUCUAGGAAUAAUAUAGUGUUGCCGGAGACCAAUAUUGCGGAAACUUUUAUUUUCGUAUGCUAUAUGUAUCGUAUUAUUUAUUUGAAAACGUUGCCGUAUGAUUUGUGAAUUGUUAAAGUAACACUUCUAUAAUACAGGCGCAAUUUUACAACGCGCAAUUCAAUACUAUGAAAAUGUCGGCAUUUGAAAAUUAAUUAAAACAGCUUAUUACCCGGAAGGUUAUGUGUGUGUGUGUGUGUGUAAUUAAAAAUAAUAAUAACUAUAAUAAAAGCUGUCCAAGGAUAAUGAGAACGGGUACAGCCACUGUUGUAGCCGGGAAGUUGAGAAAGUAUGAUGCAUAAGGGAAUUUAAUGUAUACCUGUGAGCGAAGAUAAGCCACUGUUCACAAAGAACGUUUCUGAGCGAAGUUCAAUUGAUAGUGAUGCUUUGUCGAAAUAAUUAAAUAAGCAUUAUACAUUUUCUUUAAUUAUAUGUGUUUAAUAUUAUACCGAUUUGUCUGUUUUUCCUGCUAUUUUUCCCGGUUUUCCCGUGUUAUUCCCCGGUUUUCACAUUUUCUGAGAAAACUCUUAGAAAAAACAGAAAAUUACCUCUGUAAAGUACCUUCGCAAGAAAAUUUCAUUUUAGAAUUGGUUCUACAUCAUAUAUAUAUCGGAGUAAGCUUUCUGGUAGAAAAAGUGUUCACAUAAAAAAAAUAAUAAUAAUAAUAAACAUCUUUGUAAAAACAUAAUCCUCAUCGCUCUGCUCAAAAUCUAAAACUCAGAGUUAAAUAUUGAAAUAUUACGUUUAUUUUACUGUGUAUACGAGACUCUAGUAAGAGAAACAGAGAGGAAGAGAGAGAGAGAGUAUUUGAAUCAUUAAAUACACAAAGGGCAUUUUAAAAUUUUUGAAAGAAAAACUCAAAUUUUAUUAAUUAAUGAUAAUAUUAUAGUGUAAGAUAACACAUCUUAAAGUAAGAUUUAUAGUAAUUUUGUGAAAUAUCGUAGUUCCUUAAUCUCUCUUUCCGAAUUCACUACACCUAAUUUCUUCAGGUCUUGUUUCGCGCCAUCGACGUCCUCUAGGUCAGUUUUUUCAAUCUGAGGAUCACGAAUGAUAGUUAGGAAGGGGUGGACAUCUUACAAACAAAAAAAAAAAAAUCAUAAGGAUUGUUUGUAGAAGUUGAAAACCACUGCUCUAUUUUUUUAAUAUAAUUUUGUCUUAUGCAAUUUGUAUCCUUCUAUGAUUUAGUCUAAAUACGUCACGAGUGUAUGCAUUUUCAAAAUUUAAUUUGCUCGUAUUUAUAACUAUACGAAAUCUACUUAAGCCCUUAUUUCCCGGGAUCAAAGUCCCUAAAAUAUUAUAAGUGUAUUCAACUUGUAUGGCCAAAUUUGUAUGUACACUUUAUACAUAUAUACUAUAAUAUUAUUAUAAUAUAAUGUAUUUUAUCAUUUAUGUUUAAUACAUAAACGCGCGUUUUUAUGGUUUUUGAUCAUGUUUUUUUGGUAAGUACCUAUUUGAAGUUUAUACACCAUUCGAAUGUUUUUUACGCAAAUCCCGUUUAGUAUACUUUUUUAUAUUCCUGUUUAGAAUUUUUUCGUCGUUUGUACAAACAACAAAGUAUAAUAUUUCAUUUUAUUAUUAUUAUUAUUUUUUGUUAUUUUUUUGUUUGUGAUACUCCCUUUAUAUUUAAAUUCUUCCGAAUAUUAUUAUAUUAAAUCAGCGUAGUAUUUUAUUUUAUUUUAUAUUUUUGUUUUUCGGGAUUUUUAUAUCGUUUUCAUUAGCCUAUGGAAACGGGUAGCGAGGAAAAAAACACAAUUAAAAACUAAAGCUAAUAAUCGUGCGUGUAACUAUAUUAAAUUAAACGAGUCUUGCAGUUUAUUAUUAUUGUAUUUUUUUGAAGUUAUUUCAAACAAUUUUUUAAUUAAUAUUGCAAGUAUACACUAGCUAUGGAAUAAGAUACAGUGUACACAAUACGCUCGCGUAUUAUUUAAUAUGAUAACUAAAAACAAAAAAAAAAAAUAAAAAAAUAAAAAUAGAGCUUUGUUUUUUUACGAGCAUAGAAAGCAAUAUGAAGAGUUUUUUACAUUUGUCGAAAAUAUUUUUCUACCCGUUCGUAUGUAUGAAUAUAUCAUACGCUUUCAGUUAAUUAAAAUUUGGUCAAAUCUAAAGAGGAAUGAUUUAAUAGGUAAUAUUUAUUAAACGCGUUAGUGUUGUUAUAUUAUGUAUAGACUGGAAAAUAGUAUUUUGUUUUUGUCAUUUAACGAAAAUAAUAAUAAAGUGUCUUAUUCUUGUUUUUAUUGUAUCAUAUGUAUCUGGUGGAAUUCCAAUCUAAUAUAUAAUUUUUGAGUGAAAAUGUAAUAUUAAUAUAUUCAAUCAAUCAAUUAAUUAAUUAAUAUUCAAUAAUUGUAAAAUAAACGAGCAAAGUGACGUAGAAGGUAUAAUUACCAUUUCCGUCGUGAAAAAAUAACAGCGUUGCCACAUAAGUACGCCAUAAAAUUUUAACACAAUUAAUUACACGCAUUGUCUACAUACCGGCGCCACCUGCAGUCACUGUGGCGAUUGUAUGAGAGCCGUCCGGCCGAGGUCCACGUAUUGCGUAAGACGCGAGACGCGUACGUUUUUUUCAUCGAAUCUUCACUUCUCUGGGUUCACCCAGCGAAAACACUCUUUUCUGCUCAUCUAAAACCUUUGUUACCCAUAUUUUUCUAAACCCAUACAGUAGUUGCAGAUACAAUUGGCGGGCUGCUGCAUCUAGUUAAUCCACAUCUCCUUAAACCUGGCAAUUGUACUUAUUGUCACCUAGUUUUCUAUCAUACAUUUAAACGUGUCCUAUUUUUAUUUUUCUCAUAUAACCCAAUACGAACGCACGCACACACGCAAUAUUAUAUUACGUCUGAUUGACUUAACAUUCCGUAGUUGAUGAUCGGCACUCAGUAUUAACAAUUGUCUGUAAAGUUUUCCAAUACAUAUACACACACACACACACACGAUAUAUUACGUCUGAUUGACCCGAGCAUUGACUUAACAUACCGCAGUUGGUGGUCGUCACUCAGGUUAAACAAUUGUCUGCGCAUUUAUAAUGUAGUAACCACUUUAAAGCGCAACGGCUACACAACAAUACGUCGGCUAGCGAUUCGUCACAUUAAACGUAUGAGUCUCCCACAAGCCGUCGCUUAUUAGCGACCCGACGUUCGAGUGUAGCCACAUAAAUAUCUAUUGGCACAGUAGAUUUGGUGACGAAACAAUUAGAAAACCUACUUAUUGUAAUAAUCCGUCGAAACCCACGCAUCCUUAUACGCGCUCCUUACAUUUUGAGCAACGAACUUCAGGCAGUAUACCGAGGUAAGUGAUUAUUUUCGUAUUCUCGUGGUAGAACAAGUAAAAAAAUUAGGCAGACGCAAAUAAAUGAAUAAAAAAUUAUCUCGCGCGGUAGGUAGCUGCCGGCCAAUGUUAAACACAAUACGUCUUUAUAUUAGUAUGCAUAUGUAUAUUUCACGACGAUGAUCGUAUAACAAACGCACACACAAACACACAUAGAACGAUAUCUACACAUAUUCAUCGACGGACAAACCGCCGUCUAUCCGUAUUGUACACACAUUACGUAGUAACAAUACCAUGUCACGCCAUACACCCAUGUAUCGGUAUCUAUUUCAUUUGGCUGUUCACCCCUCAAGACCACACUCCUCCACACCGUAUUAUUCUACCUUCUCUCUUUACUUUAUUCUAUUACUUUUAAUUUUUGUUCUACUACAAGAGUUUAUCGACUACCUCUAUUUUUGGACAAGUCGAUCGUAUUUCUGCGCGAUCAGGGGUUGAGUUAUCACGACCGAAUUUAAUAAGCAAUAGAUUGUAAUAUAUACGUAUGCAAUAGAUGCGUAUGGCUUAUAAAAAUCUAAAUGCAUUACGCUUGUCUUUUUCAUUGCUUAGUUACUUACUUACUUAGUUUUUUAUUACUUAUUAGGUAAUACAUAAUAAUGUGAUAAUCCCCGUGUUAAAUUAUUAAGCAUUUCUGCUCUGCCAAAACAAUUCUGUUCACAUAAAAUCAAAUUAAAACUAAGAAAACUCGAAAAUAUUAAAUACACGUAGAUAAAAGGUUUACAAAUUGAAAGUGCUUAUACAAUUUUACUACGUCUAAAAAAUUCUAACAUAAGAACUCCGUGCAAAUUUCAGGCCGAUAUAGAAAAUAAUUAUGAAUACGUUAUUGUCGCCCAUUUCUCCGUUUGUCAACCUUUUCUCACAGGUUUUCUAAAUUAUUAAAAAAACAACAAGGGAAAUCAAAAAAUAACCUCCUCGAUGCACGAACUGUUUAAUUUCAGAAAAAAAAAUUAUUAUAAAAAUAAUCUGGAAAAACACUCACAUCAUAGUAAAAACCAAUAAUAUAUUACUCGUUCAGAAUAUAAAAAAAAAAGUAUGUUUUUAUUUUUGAAACACGCAUUGCAUAUUAUGUAUUCGGUUUAUAUGCAUAUGAAUAUGGCGAUCGUUAAGGGUUUUUUGUUCCAUUUUAAUCAGAUUUUAUAUCCUGUUAUCUGAUUAUGGUUUUUGAUUUCCCAAGAGUAAAAUUUAUCCUUUAUUUGUAUUCACCAUAUUAUUAUAAUAUUUUAUUAUAUACGGGUAUGAUUUUCUUUUUAACCAUGAAAUAAAUACAAACAAAUUAUACUGUUAUUUUCCAAAAAUAAAAUAUAUGUAUAUAUACAUGCACCUCUUACAAAAAUGUUUCAUAAUAUUGUGUAUUGUAACAAUACAUUUAUUAUUUGAUUUGGUGUUUUAAUAUACAACCGUGAAAUAAUCAAUUGAAAAUUAAAAUAUAAUAAAUUGUAUAGUAUGCAGCUGCAGUUCCCAACCUGUGGUACGCGGAAAUCUCGUAGACAUUUUUUUAAUUAGUGAACAAAAAAAUUAUUAGUUAUGUAGUUUAUUAAUCUAUAAAUAAUAAUACAAAUAUAAUAACUGUGCAUAUUUUAAUUUGUUUGGGUGCACUUAACGUUUAAAAUUAUAUAGGUUUAAUUAAAAAAAGCAACAUAUAUGUAUAAAACAAUAUACACAUUUUAUUUCUUACUUAUUAAUCUUUAGUAAACUUUUGAUUUUUAAACUGCAAUACAAAAAUAGUUGACUUUGUCCUUUAAUAUUAAAAUUAAUUGGCCUAUUAUNAAGUAUUAACUUUUUCGACAUUUUUUUUAUAGAAAAUGUUAAAAACAAGAAGCUCUACAAUUUUUUGUUUCUGAUAUUUGUUGUCAUUCUUAUUUUUGUGGGUGAAAGUACUUAUUUAUCUUUAGUAAACUUUUGUUUUUUAAACUGCAAUACAAAAAUAGUUGACUUUGUCCUUUAAUAUUAAAAUUAAUUGGCCUAUUAUGGAACUAAUACCAGAACAUAUUCUGUGCAAUCGUGUAAAUUUAUUUCGAUGUCUUUUUUUAAAUCUUUAAUGAGAUAAAAGUAUAGUAUUAUGUAGAAUGUCCCAAUUUAAUAACGUUUAUAUCCUUUUUUUUACGAAAUAAAAACAUUUCAUAAAGACCUGCGUGGUUUUACAGAUUGUGUUUAUUCCUUUAAGUUUGACAAAAUUGGUCAAUUCGUUCUAAUCUUAUUAAAAACAGCUUACAUUUUCUUUAGCUUAAAUUUCACAUGCCGUACGUUUGCAAAACGACAGAGACAGAAGUCGCGUCUUCUUAAAAAUACUAUGAUAAUCUUUUUACGUUACACAAAUAUUAUUAUAUGUGUACAUUCCGUGUAUUUAUACUAUUUCUAUGUUAAAACAGAUAUAAGUUCGAGUCUCUUGUGGUAUAUUCGAUGCUGUUUAAGGUAUCUCAAAAUUUGUUGAUAAUUUAUUUCAAAUUUUAAUAUAACCUACACGAAUGAUUAAUAUAAUAAUAUUCUAUAAAAUACUUUCUCUGUAAUAAAACAUAAGCAAAUAUGAUAAAUAUGUCAAAUUACACCGAAUGAUCUGUGAAUCGAAAAGACUUCUUUAAAAAAAAUGUAAUUAUUUUUUAGACGCCCGAAAGUAAUACGUAUAGUUAAAGUUUGGUAGGACAGAAACGGAGAAAUACCUUCUCGAACGUGUGACCACGACCAACGCGCGGUCGACGACCCCGAGACACAUAUUAAUUAUUUAUAUUAAAAACGAGACUAGCCUAAUUACAAAGACUUAUCGUAAAUAACAAAUUUAAAGUACAUAGUGUUACAAAAACAAUAAUAUAGAGCACAGACACAAUAACUAAGUCGAUGAUGUAAAAUCGCAAUAACUAAAGAUAACAAUAUAAACAAAGAAAAUAAAAUCUAGAAUAAAAAAAUAUGGGUCCUGGUUGACCAAUUGCAUUAUUCUAAAAAGAGGAAAGUUAGACAUAUAACUGGUAGAAAAAAAAAAUAGAAUACAGAAAGGGUUUAUAGAGCAGGAGAUAUAAACAGGGAUACGAAAGUAAACAGCCUGCGGCAAUUCAGGCGCGCCAAGAUUUCCAUUAAUAAGUUUAACUAAAAAGGUUAAAUUCGUUUGCUUUCUCCUAUCAAUGUCUAGCGUCGGUAGAUUGAGCUCCCGAGGCACCAUACUUUAAAAACUUACGCUGCACACGCUCAACUUUGCAUCGGUCACUAAUUGUAUAAGGGCUCCGUACCGCUGCGCCAUACUCUAAGCGAGAACGAACAAAUACACAAUAAAAUACCUUAAUGGAGCAAGAAUGUUUAAAGUCAACAGAUAUUCUCUUAAUAAGUCCAAGCAUUUUAAGAGCCUUACAAGUUACCGUUUCAAUUUACAAAUGGAAGCAUAGAAUAUUGUUUUAUAAGAAGUGGCGCCGCAGGGAAAGCAGCAAAACUCGCAGAGUAAACAUUUGGAAAAGGCAAAAUUUGAACCAGUAAAACUCGGGAAGGUAAAAUUCUGAAUUUGCAAUACAUACUAAUCGCCAUGCUCGUGAUCGAAACCGGUAUCGGACACAGGAUCUGAUAACGUGUGACGUCAUAAAACGAUAUGACUAAUAUACCUGUUACUAGUUGAAUUACCCGGCUUCGCACGAAACAGUAUUACAAUGGAAAAAGUCAUUAAGGAACAAUAGCAGAUAUAUUUCAGAAGCAGCAAGAAUUUCACGGGGGGUGACAUAAGUGGAGGGACAUGUGACAACGGUAUUCGGUAAAAUUUCUGUAAAUAUUACCACGCGGCAUCACGUUGUACAAUUCAAACCGUUGACAAUUUUUACAAACUUCGUACAGCACGUAUGUAAAAAUUGCAUGCCCGUUACUGAGAUGCACGUGAUAAAGUACUGUUUACAUGGAAUAUGACAAAGAACAAAAAAAAAGCACGAACCGUUUUUUUUUCACACGUAUAACAAGGUGAGGUACCGUGUCAUCCCGAACGUCAAAGCUGAGCUCCGUAUAUGUGCGUGUAAAUCUACUUACAGCUAAUUACAGUUUACCAAUACAAACAUUAAACUGUGGUCGAUCAUAAUAUUAAUAAUAAUAAUAAUAUAAAAGCAGUUAUAAUUAUUUUACCACGGAAACGUAGAAAUUAUCGGGAGUCAUGGUGAAAACACGGUUUUUUUUUCAAUACUGACACGGAAUAUUCAAAACAGUUAUUAUUAUUUUACCACGGAUCGUUUAUUCUGUUUUAUUAAUUAGGAUAAACCGGAAAAAGACGAAAAAUGAAAAUUAAAAGAUUGACGGCGUCUAUUUUAAUUUGCACGGUUUAUAUUUUUAAGACACCAUUUAUAUUUAAUUUUUUUGUUUUUCGGUUGGUAAGAAUGGUAUAAAAAAAGUGGAUUCUACGCCAGGAGCAGGAGCAGGAACAACGAUCAAGUGCUAUACCUAA